GGAGAAGAAGAAGUGAACAAAACAAAAAAAGAUCAUCCUUAUCAUGCCCAUGUCAUAUUGUGUACUCACUUGGCAAAUGUCAUGUGUGCUGAAACAUUAAUGGGAACUGGGACAUUUAAGCUAGUUUACGCAGUUUAACAGUUCUGUAUUUAAUUACUCUUCUAAUUUUUCAUUCAAGAAAUGGAGAGUAAUAUAAACAACAACAACAACAAAAAAAACACAUACACACUGAUGUCUACAGUAUUAUCUGAAAAUUCCCGAAAGUCUGGCAAAUACCUGGUAGCUUAAAGUAAAAACAAAAUAAGAAAUCGUGAGUAACUGCUAUGAGUUCGGCUGAACUUCCAACACUAAAAAUGAAAUCACGACUAAAGUACGUUUCUAUUAAUAGUACUUCUCCAGCUAAGCAACUCCCGCACAAUUGGGGGCAGUCAUGUUCCAAAAAGUUCUAGCCAAGGAAAAGCAAAAAGAAGAAUGCCAUACCUUUGAAUGUUGGAUACCGGGGGAAUCUACUGUCCAAGCACUAUUAUACAGUAAAGUCUGCAAUCUACAACAACGCAAUGGACACCAGCCCAGUGUUACUAGGUAUACGAUAGCGGAUUGACUUUCAUUGAUGGGAUCCAUAUCUAAAGCCCAGUUGGCUCCCUUGCCAAGGACAGAGGUCCUUGUCUAUUGGGUGCUUUCCUUGGGCUCUCAUCUCUACUCUUUCUAUCAACUUCACAGGUUCAGCAAAGAGUAUGAAGUGGGAUUAGAGAGAGAAUUCCAGUUGGAAAAGGGCCUUGUUAAAGGUUUUAAAAGGGACCCUUUAGAUUUUGAGUGGAAUUUUUGGACUGACUGGGCUAAGCACUCUUUACUGUGGACUCUGAUUGGUCAUGCUGUCUUAUCAAGAUUAACCAGCAUCUUUUACCCCAAGCUUAGAGUGCCAGCACUUGCGAUAUAUGGCUUCUUAGCAGCCAGCAGUGUUUUGGGGAUUAAAGGUGUGAGUGUGCUGCUGGUACAUCUGGGCUUGUCCUUUUCUAUGGCCCAGCUGCGAAAGCCCGCUCUGUCGUGGGCAUGUAACCUGCUGCUGCUCUACACACCUCAUAUCAACGAACUUCAAGACAUCCAGAGAGGCUGGUAUGAGAGUGAUGAGGAGCACUAUCUGCUGCUCUUCAGUGUUGCUGUUUGUGGUCUGCGCUUCAUCAGCUUCAGCCUGGAGCACUGCUGGAGCCCUGAAGACCAAUGCAGUAUUGUGCAGCUUUGCUGGCUGUUUUCGUAUACCUUCUAUCAUCCUUUUUUCUAUAAUGGACCCAUUAUAACCUACAAAAACUACAUUGAGCAGAUGCAGAAGUCUGCGGAGGAAAGUAACAGGGAUGAAUCUGCCCUUAGUUACUUGGUGCUCAGAUUAGGACGGAUCAUUUUGUGGUGGUGUAUUGCAGAAUACAUGAUCCACGUCAUGUACAUGCACUCCAUCCAGUCUAAUGAGACCUACAUAGAAAUUCUUCCUCCUUGGGCCUUAGGUGGUCUUGCUCUAGCUGUCGUCCAGUUCUUCUAUGUGAAGUAUCUGGUACUGUUCGGCCUUCCAUCCAUGCUCGCUACUUUGGAUCAGCUGGUUCCCCCUAAGCUUCCCCGUUGUGUCAGCAUCAUGUACAGUUUCACAGGCAUGUGGAGGCACUUUGAUGAGGGGCUGUAUCGAUGGCUCAUCAGAUACAUCUAUGUUCCACUGGGAGGUUCACGCCAUGGUCCUCUUUGCAAAAUGUUUUCCACUGGUGUUGCGUUCGGAUUCGUCUGCCUCUGGCACGGUGGACAUGACUUCUUACAGUACUGGGCCCUGAUGAAUUGGGCUGGAGUUCUGGUGGAAAAUUCUCUGAAGUCUCUCUUUGCCUCGACCUUUAUUCACUCCGUAGUUGAGCAGAAUUUCUCUGCGGCGAUGAAAAGGCGAUGCAUCGCCCUUGUCUUUGCCUUCUCCACUGCUAUGCUCAUCCUUUCUAAUCUGGUGUUCCUUGGGGGAAUACAUGUUGGCAGAAUCUUCUGGAAGCGUGUCUUCAUUCACGGCUGGUCUACCAUGGCCCCACCAAUGCUAGCUUUCCUCUACUGCUAUGCUCAGAUUGGACUUGAGUGGACUCCUCACCCACCGUGAGUCACCUUGACUUAAGAGCAGUGACUGAGAAUCCCUGCUACUGGACAGAUACAACAACCUGCUGACUCCACUGCCUUGCUCUCACCAGCCAGAGUCUCACUGUGGUGGACCUGGCUCAUAGCCACACAACCUGUCCAAACCUGGCUGAAGUACAGCUGAGCAGCCACUUUCCAAAACCCGCAAGUCUGCACAAAAUUUGUCUGUAAGCUGAUACUUACAGAGAAAGUUUUCUGAACUUUGGGUGAAAUGUAAGUGCACCCAAACUGUAAU